AUGGAAGUCCCGAAGACUCCUCACUCUUGGAUUCCAUCAUGGUGUCGCUGGGAGACCGACAACCCGCCGCCAUUGACCAUGAGGCUGAACAUUCUGUACGCCUGCGCGGCGGGUUUCACUUCAGCCAACCUCUAUUACAGCUACCCCAUCUUACAUAUUCUGGCCAAGGACUUCAAUACCACGCAAACGGGAGUCGCGAGUAUACCUGCAUUGGCACAAGCCGGAGACGCCACCGGCCUCCUCUUGAUUCUUCCGCUGGCCGACUUCCUCCCACGGAGGACCUUCACCAUUACCUUGUUGUCUUUGUCGAUGGCAUUUUGGAUUGGCCUCUGUGUGACCACAGACCUGACUGUUUUCCUCGUUCUCACCUAUCUUUCCGCCCUCUUCACAGGUAUCACCCAAAUCAUGCUCCCUCUGGUGGCUGAGCUCUCGCGUGCGGAGAAACGUGCGUUCAAUAUCUCGAUUGUCGCCGCAGGCCCGACACUUUCCAUUCUGCUGGCGCGUAUAUUGUCGGGGAUCGUCGCAAACUAUACAUCCUGGCGGAAUGUGUACUGGCUGGCCUUGGGUUUACAGGGAGGCGUGCUCCUUGCCCUGUGGCUAUUCAUGCCGGACUAUCCCGCCAUCAACCCAACACCUGCACUGAAGAUUGUGAAGACUUACCCCAAAAUCCUAUGGACAAUCGUGACCAUGUAUUGGAAACACGCAGUUCUCGUUCAAGCAGCACUUCUCUCGUACUGCACCUUUUUCUGCGUGUCUUCGUUCUGGACCACCCUCACCUUCUUGUUGAGCGAGGCCCCCUAUCGCUAUAGCACCACCAUCAUUGGCAUCUUUGGUCUGGUCGGCGCCGCAACCAUGGUCUUGGGCCCGCUUUACAGCACGUUCAUCAUCAAGCCGCUCGGACAACCUCUCUUCUCCGCGAUCGUCGGCAAAUGCGUGAGCUUGAUUGGGAUCGUAGUCGGGACGUUUGCCGGUAGAUACAAUGUCGCCGGCCCGAUCAUCCAAGCUUUGUUGCUCGAUGCAGGGCUGAUGAUUGUGCAAAUCUCAAACAGGAUGGCUAUUCACCCGUGCGAACCGAAGGGAGGGAACAGAAUCAAUACAGCAUUCGUUAGCGUGCUCUACCUGGGACAGUUGAGUGGAACCAAGGCAGGAAACCUGAUGUAUGAGCAGCAUGGAGGAUGGCUUGCAAGUGGUGGUCUCAGCAUUGCUGUUAUUGCGUUCAGCUAUGUUGUUGCGCUGCUGAGAGGACCCCAUGAGACUGGUUGGAUUGGCUGGAGCGGUGGAUGGAGGCUGAAGCCGGAUGUCAAGAGGCCAGAGGAAGAUCCAGAAGCAGUAAAUGGACGGCUUGCGGAGGAAGUGAAAGAUGGGUGA